GCAACCCCUUCUUCAGUAGAAUUGUUGUAUACUUCAAAUUGUGCACUGUGUUGUAAUUAUUUGUUUUUGCUACCAAUAGUUGGUUAUUUUUAACUAGUUAAUUUGUAGCCUUGUUUGCUUCCCACACAGUAGCAAUUCAGUAUGUUUCUCUUGAAAAAGCGAAAGAAAUAAGGUCAUGAAAGUGGAAAUAUUUUCAUAACUUGUCAUUUUUCUGCUUUGUUGUUCAUGUUAUGUAUGUUUGUGAGUAACAUAUAUCUGGCUUUGGCUACUUUUGUUUGUUCGUCCUUAAAUAAAUAAGUCCUAUUGGUGUAUCAUGUGCAGUUGCAUAACCUUUUUUUUUUAUAAUUAUGGUGGUGUAUGUGCCAGCUUGCGCUCCUCUCGACUAUUCCACUGGAUACCAGCUACCUCCUACCAACACAUAUAUCGAGUAACUCUGCCAACUACGGCUUAGACACAUGUGAAGAAAUCACCUAGUACUUUUUUUCUGGCAUAUGAACUUGAGAUCUCAUGGUUCUCCUCCUCCCACUAAUUAACCACUAGGCCACACCCUUGGGUGCUGUGCAAUUGCAUAAUUUCUUUUUCUUGUUUUCAAUAACAGUGGUGGGCGGCCUAGCUGUUGCGCACCUUGACUAUUCCACCGGGUACCUGAUACCUCUCACCAACACAAGUAUUGGGUAAUGUGCAGUUGCAUAACUUGUAACUGCAUGAAUCAUGGAGGAUGUGUUGUAUGCGUUAUACUGAUUCCGAAUAAUGUUCAACCAAAAAAAGAAAAAAAGAAAGUCUUCAUAAACUUGUUCUGAGAUUUUUGCCAGUCAAGUUAACGGCUGUCCUGACAUUGUGAUAGAUUAAGGAGAUGGUCUGUAUAUCUAGCUGGUGUUUGAAUCUUGUUCCAGGUGUGAUCUGCUCCAAACUUGGUGGAGUCAGUCCGAGACUACCAUCUCAUGUCGUGAGUCGCAAGAGGAGCACAUUCAAAAUUCAUUGUUGCAAUCGGCUUGUGUCUAGAAAGGUGCCUGGUAGAAGCAUUACGCAUUUAUCUCUAGCUGGUCAUUCUGUCAAAUGUGCUUCAUUUGUCGAAAGAAACUAUCAAUCUAGUGUCAAUAACGAUGAGGAUUUGUUUCUGAUAAACACUAUGAAGCAAGCUAUCAGGGCUGCAAAAUCUAUGCUACUAUUUCUGGUUGAACAGCCAAGUCAGCUGAAAUACAUAGAAUGGCCUGGAUUUCAAAGCACGCUGAAGACGGCAACACUGGCACUUGUUCUAGUUGGGCUGUUUAUCAUCGCUUUAUCGUCGGUUGAUUCUGCCUUGUCUUACAUGUUGGCUCUAUUUUUGCGGAGAACAGCAUGAUUCAGGAAAUAAGCCUGAUUUCCUGGCUCAGUCAAAACCAACUUCGUCGAAUGGUGCUCCAUGUAUUUCUUACUUCCGGCAAUAAGGCUAUGCACGACAAUACAAGAUUGGCCAAACUUGAGCAGCAUGAGACCUUCAAACCUGUAGCUUUUUAGGCGUCCGCUGAAUAUGUCACCACGGAGAAGAUCAUUAUGAGAGAGUAGCAUUAUACUGCCUCUGGGACUACUGCUAUGGUAGUGUGACAAAAGUCUGUAAGUUUAUGUCUAUUGCAUAGAUAUAUAGUGGAUGUUGAUUACUUAUUUAUACAUUUUCUUAAUUUGUUGAUAGACAUUGAACUGGUUAAUGGUUCUCGACUUAUUCUUUGCA